AUGCCCGGUCGCCUUGAAGGAAAGGUCGCUCUUGUGUCCGGAUCCACGCAAGGUUUCGGACGUGGCAUCCUCGAAACAUUCAUCCGCGAAGGGGCCGUUGUCCUAGGAUUGGACCUCCAGGCCAGCGAUGGUUCUGUGUCAGGCUAUCCAGAGCACCAAGCUUAUCAAAUCCAGGCCAAUGUUGCUGAGGAGGAUAGCUGGAAGAAAGCGCUUGCAACAUCGAUAGCCAAGUUCGGCAAAGCACCAUCGAUCGUGGUCCACAACGCCGGAUGGUCCUAUCCGAACAAGUCGGGUCUUGAUGUUACCGUGGAAGAAUUCGAUCGUCUCUUCAAUGUCAAUGUUCGAAGUAUCUAUCUCGCAUCAAAGGUUUUUAUACCUGAAAUGAAAAAGAAUGGCCCUGGAUCUACCGUUGUUAUUUCCAGUGAGAAUGCCAUCCGACCUGGUGCUACUCAAACUUGGUACAACGCUACUAAGGCUGGUGUAUCAUCAGCUACUAAGUCUAUGGCUCUGGAAUUUGCCAGAGAUCAGCUGCGGUUCAACACUAUCUGUCCGACCUCAGGAAACACCCCGCUCCUGAACAAGUUUGCCGGUAUUGCGGACGGACCCGUACCAGCCGAUAUCAUCAAAGCAAAAUGCGAAUCUAUUCCAAUCGGUCGCCUCGUUGAGCCAUCGGAUGUUGCGAAUGUUGCUCUUUUCCUUGCAGAGCCCGCCAGCUCAAUCAUCAGUGGCAUCGAAGUUCUUGUCGAUGGAGCACGCUGUGUUUAA